AUGUCAGGCUUCAUUCGAUUCAAUGAAAGAAUACCUCUCCAAUCCUCUAGUUUUAAUGCCACCAAAGCUGGGGCAGCCCUUGAUAUUAUAUCUUACUAUCACAUAAACGACCACGGGAGCUCUCUUUGCACAAUACUAAGACGGUACAAGGAAAUAGCUAUCUACUACCUCAACAAAAAGUUUCUGGAGUAUGAAACUAGAUACACUCCUUUGGAAAGAGCUUUCAUUGCCCUUAUUUAUGCAACAAAGAAGCUUCGACACUAUUUGCAAGCACAUACUACUAAUCUGGUUUCGAGGUUAGAUCCAAUCGAGUACAGUUUUGAGAAGACAAUCUUGCGUGAAAGAAUAGUAAGAUGGCAUGCGAUAUUGCAAAAGUAUGUCAAAGGGAAGGCUAUAUAUGAAGUUUUGGCUGAUGGACCUAUAUCGGGAAAUGAAUUUGAUGAUGACUUUCCAGAUGAACAUAUUUUCUGUCUUAGUACGUCACAAUGGAAGAUGUAUUUCGACGAAGCCUUUAACGGGAGGGGCAAUGGUGCAGGAGUAUUAUUGAUUGAUGGAGUACAUAUUCCCUUCACUGUGAAACUUAGUUUCCCAACAACGAAUAACACAGCUAAAUAUGAAGCUUGUAUAUAUGGAAUCAAAGCAACAUUAGCAGAUGGUGCAAAAAAUCUCACGGUAUACGGUGAUUCUUAUCUCAUAAUUUCCUAG